AUGAAGCUCCUACUCCUCCUCGGCGUCGUGUCAUCAGCGCUGCAUUUGGUUCUGGCACUGACGGUCAAGCAAAGGCCACUAAUCGUUGCUCGAGGAAGUGAGUGGUUUUUACGUAACAGUGUGUCUCACUCACGAUCGAGCAUCACCACGGACUCGGCUGAUCCCGAUUUGCGCUACCCCCUGCCAGUGAGCGCAACGGCGGAUUGUGCAGGAGUGAGCACAGUCGUUUGCUCGGUACCCGAGAGGAGUUCUCCAGAGAGUAGUGAGUCAAUCGGACACCUCUAGGUCCCUUCACACAGCAUCAGAGAUGCCUCCCGCAGCCUUGAGCACAUGAGCAGCGAGCUUCAGAGCUAUCAAGUAAUUUCCGCUUGUGCUCGGAGCUGAUGUCAAGCUCUCGUUCUCACCCCACCCCUUCACAGAAACCUACCGCCAAUUCAUGAAAGUCCAAUCCAUCGCCUCCCAACUAAGUUGGCCCAACGGGCUCCUUAAACCCACCUACGAAGAAGUCCUCACCUUCUACGCGCUUCAACAACAAGGAACGAUCGGUGACGUCGACAUCUCCCGACCCUGGAGCAUCUUUUCCUCCGCUUUGGCGAAAUAUAAUGCGUGGAAGGAGGAUGAGGGUGUUUCCUGCGAUGAAGCGAGGUCGAGAUAUGUGAGAAUGUUUGUCAAGCUUUUGGAGAGGGCCAGGGAUCAACAGGAGUCGUCGGGGCAUGGGGAUCUGGCAAAGACGCUCGCGAUGUUUAUGAAUAAGAUUGUGUCGAUUUAA